GCUGAUUAGCAGAAGUCACUGUCUCAUUAACACUAUGCGAAGUUCCAAUUUGAUCACCAUAUUUGCCUUGGUGGCUACAGCAAUGGCCACGCUUUCCCGGCCAGACCGAUCGGUCGCCAGAUGCUCGGACUGGUCUGGAACGUGCGCGCCAGGUAGCACUUACAACAGAGUUUCGGAUGCACUUAAGUGCGAAACCGAUAAAGACUCGGAUGCGGCUUGCCUUAUCAAGUGCUGCGUAGAAAUUGAGAAGAUCCCGUCUAUUAAAGCCCAGGCCACCACACCACCCAAAGCCCAGGUCGCCACGCCACCCAAAGUCCAGGCAGACCCACUUCCCCGAAAGGCCCGAUCUGUUGCCAGAUGCUCGGACUGGUCUGGAACGUGCGCGCCAGGUAGCACUUACAACACAGCUUCGGAUGCACUUAAGUGCCAAACCGAUAAAGACUCGGAUGCGGCUUGCCUUAUCAAGUGCUGCGUAGAAAUUGAGACGACCCCGCCUCCUAAAGCCCAGGCCACCACACCUCCCAAAGCCCAGGCCACCACACCUCCCAAAGCCCAGAACGCCACACCUCCCAGAUCUCGCCGAUCGGUUGCCAAAUGCUCGAAGUGGACUGGACAAUGCGCACCGGGUAACACUUUCAACACAGCUUCGAAUGUGGUCGAGUGCGAAACCAGUGAAGACUCUGAUGUGUCAUGUCUGAUUAAGUGCUGCUUAAAAGUCGAGGCUAACACUUCCAACUCUGUGAUAUCCUGCAAGGAAAAGAACGAGCUAGAUGCUGGCUACAAGUGCAGUGCGAAUGAGCAGCUGAUUGAUGAUCGAAGCUGCUGCCGAUGGGCUGGAGAAUGCGAUACCUUGUUGCAGUGCAAGCAAGGUACAUGUUGCGACCCAAAGGAGGGUUAG